AUGUCACUUCCAGAACCUCACGUCUUUUUGACCUCGAUUUUCGAUACGCUCACAGAACUGGUUGCCGAGCCAUCAGACUCUGCAAAAGGUAAAGCUACGUCAUCUAAUCCACUCGCUUCGUUGCCGCCUUCUCGACAAGCUAUACUUAUAACAUUACACGCACUCUUUCCUCCCCCAAUGUUACUGCAGGCACUUGACCUUCUGGAUCGUGGACUCGUAACAAGAAUUGUACUAACCAGUCACCAUGUCUCGAGAGAGCAAGAUGAUCCCCAUGCUCUCCAGCAGCCAGCUAUCAGUAAUACCAAUCUUUCCGCAGAUUCACCAAACGUCAUGCACCAUAACCCGGCACUGGAAAUAAAAGUACGGAGCGGAAGUAUAGGCGGCAUGUAUCAAGUCUGCUCAACUCAGCCCAAGAAACGAGCCCCUAAGCGCUCAAGUUACCGAAACACUUCAUCUAGUGCCGAGAAGUAUUACACUGUAUAUCUCACGGCCUGGAACUGCUCCUGUGCUGAUUUUACUUUUUCAUUGUUUCCAGCCUUGUUAGUUGAUUCUGUCUCCAGUAAAAAUUCGAAAAAUGACAUUGAAGACGCGAAAGUCGAUAAUGAAAGCGUUGAAUGGGAGUUCGGGGGAGUGCGGCGUAAAAAUGCCACCGAGACAGUACCCAUAUGUAAACAUUUGAUUGCAUGCUUAAUUGGAGAACGUUGGGGAAAACUCUUAGGAUCAUAUGUAAAGGAACGGCAGGUCAACAGGGAAGAAAUGGCUGGUAUAGCGAGUGAUUAUCGGUGA